AUGGCCAGCUCCGCGCAGCCCCCGGCGGCCGCGGGGGGCGGCGGCCCCGACGGCGAGUCGCUGGCCGGGAGCGGCGAGGCCUUCGGGGACCGCUCCCUCAGCCAGGGCCUGAGCGUGCUGGUGGGGCUGGGGCUCUGCGUGACCAUGCUGGGGCUGGGCUGCGCCGUGGAGCUGGGGCAGCUGGGGCAGCAGCUGCGGCGGCCCGUAGGGCUGUUGCUGGCGCUGCUGGGGCAAUUCGUGGCUAUGCCGCUGCUGGCCUUCCUCCUCGCCCUCAUCUUCGCCCUGGACGAGGUGGCGGCCGUGGCCGUGCUGCUGUGCGGCUGCUGCCCCGGGGGCAACCUCUCCAACCUCAUGUCGGUGCUCGUCGACGGGGAUAUGAAUCUCAGCAUUAUCAUGACGGCCUCCUCCACGCUGCUGGCCCUUUUCCUGAUGCCCCUCUGCCUCUGGAUCUACAGCCGCCACUGGAUCAACACGGCCGUAGUGCAGCUGUUGCCCCUGGGGGCGGUGAGCCUGACGCUGGGCAGCACCCUACUGCCCAUCGGCCUGGGGGUGCUCAUCCGGUACCGGCACCCCCGCGCCGCCGACCUCCUGGUCAAGAUUUCCCUGUGGUCUCUCUUGGUGACUCUAGUGAUUCUGUUCAUCCUGACUGGGACCAUGCUGGGCCCAGAUCUGUUGGCACACAUUCCUGCAUCUGUCUACGCCAUUGCAGUGCUGAUGCCUCUAGCAGGGUACGCCUUGGGAUAUGGCUUAGCCACGGUCUUUAGAAUGCCCCCACACUGCAGGAGAACAGUGUCUUUGGAAACAGGAUGCCAAAACGUCCAGCUCUGCACCGCCAUCCUAAAACUCACCUUCCCCCCGGAGCUCAUAGGGGGCAUGUACAUGUUUCCCUUGCUUUAUGCGCUUUUUCAGUCGGCAGAAGCGGGACUCUUUGUACUGGUAUACAAGAUGUAUGGAAGAGACAGCUACAAGCAAGAUACACUCGGAGAAGAGGAAGACACAGAUAUUUCCUACAAGAAACUGAAGGAAGAAGAGGUAGCUGAUACUUCAUAUGGCACAGUGACCACAGAGGAGCACAACUCCAUUCAGAUGGAGCCAACGCAGACAGCGCUUUAGGCGAGAUAAAGAGGUGACUCCCUGGGAUGUGAAUGUGUGUUGUGCUUGCAACUGGGCUGGGGCCUCACUCGCGGAGCUGCCCAGCCUCCAUUGUUUCUCCAGCUGCUCCCAUUGUACAAGGUGAUGUGUGUUUAUUACCAUGACAGUUCUACUUCUUCAAAAAGUAAAUGGGGGAGGGGGGGAAGGUAAAAAGUAUCAUUGUGAUGCAGACCAGUAACUGUAAAACUUUAUGUAAGGAGGCUGCUGCCCGGCUGAGUGCAGCAGGAACGGGUAGAAGGAAGGAGACAGCGUUUUACAAAGGCAAAGCCGACUCGGUGCCAGUAUGGAUGAAGGGAAAAACCACCUCGCGCGUGUAUCUCUGUGCCUCCCACCUGCUGUAAAAGCAUUGUGCUCGUUGUUCUCACCACAAAUACAUGGCG